GUAGACUUUUCUCUGUUUGCCGCGUGACUCUCUCGAAACAUGAACGAUUCGUCGAUACGUUACUCGCUCGCGGAUGUCGCCAAGUGUAACGGCAAGAACGGAGCGAGAACCUGGGUCGUAAUCUACGAUAACGUUUACGAUGUGACGGAUUACUUGGACCAGCAUCCCGGUGGUGCGGAUUUGCUUGAUGAGUACGCGGGAAGAGAUGCCACGAGCGAAUUCGACGAGUUCGGUCACUCCUCAGACGCUAAGAAGUUAAUGAAAAAGUUUCUACUUGGCGAACUAAAAGACGAAGAUAAACGGGCUAAUCGAAAGAAGAAGCACGUUUUUAACGGAACGAAAGCGGAAGAGGCAAGCAGGCGAAGAGGUCUUUUGGCAAUUCUCUGCGGCAAAUGUACGUCUUGAAGAGCCCCGUCGCGCGAUCGUCGUUUUUAAAUAUGUUAUCGGUACAAUUUUAUUUAUUACGUCAUUUUAUCUUCGCACAUUUUUUUUAUAUUUAUAUAACGCGCCGCAACAAACACACACAUGUAAUAGCAUACGUGCUACUGAUAAAAAUCAUCGAAAUUGAAAGUAAAUGCCCGCUUAUCGCUUAUGUGUGUACGCGAUAUGUACGGGGAAUCCUGGGCGCAAAGGAGGAAAACCAAUUACGUCCGCGAAUACAAAUGAGUCAUGUACCGUCAACGCUUAUCGCAUUGUCAGAUAAUGACGUAAGAGACCAGUGACUCGCUUGCUUCUCGGUGCAAUUUUCAUUUCGCGAGCGAGGUGUUGCGAAUGUCAGCUAGUACUUCCAGUUUUUUCUUUAACCUUUCGCGUGUUGUGGACGCAUGUAUGUGUUCGGCAAGUGUUAUCGAUGUGGACUAUGGACACAUAAAUUAGUCCGAAGAAUUUCUUCGGCUUAUACUCCCGACACAAGCAACAGCUACUAAUUGCGAUGCGCACUUGUCUUUAUGUUCUUUUACUUUAGCGACGAUAGUAAAUAAUAUUCAUUUGUCCAUUGAUUUCGAUUUUUCGAGAAGCUCCAUUUUCUAACUAAUUAAUUUACGACAGCCCAAAGUCUCUCGUCCUCCGCGAUUGUUUAACUCUGAAGUGUUUCGCACACAAAAAGUUAAUUAACUUGCGUCUCUUACAAAUUAGAUCUCAAGUAAACUUACGGUAAUGUCGAGUGGAGUUCUUUGAAAUUAUGGUAAACUGUGGUGCAUACGAUCGACGCGACGAAAACAUAUAAUUACAUAUAACUUACCUAUAUGUAAAUAUAAUUAAAUUAAAUUAAAUAUAUAAUUAAAGUAAAUAAAUUAAAUAUAGAGAAAUUAAAUGAACUUUAAUAUAAUUAUUUUGUUAUAUUUAAUCAAAUAUAAUUAUUAUAAAUAGAAUUAUUUAAUUUAAUUAAUUUAAUUAAACAUAUAAUCAAAUGUAAUUUUAAAUAUUAUUAUGAUAGUUUAUAUAAUUCACGCUCUUAAAGAAAAUCAUGAGAACUUAUGGUGAACAAAUUAUAGAAGAUGGCAGUGUACUCGACAGAUCGAUCCAUAUGAUGCGAUACGCGAAAUAGAUAACGCAUUUCAAGCGCUGUGAUAUUGGUUAUCGUUCGUCGUGUAAAACACCUGGAAGUUGCGCGUUGCACGAGCAUGAAAGGAAAUUCCGCUUUGCUAUACGUACUAUGAAUUAUGCCGAGAUCUCGUGGGUCAUCGUAAAGCAGUUUUCCCUAUUGCUCGAGCAACCUUGUUACGCAACAGGGAUUUCCCUAGUUCGAACGAGGAUUUCACUUGACAAUUGGCGCUCGACACGUACGCGCCAUAAUUAUAUAAGGAACAUUUCUGAGAAAUGAUUUAUGAGAGCCGUAAAACGAAUUUAACAAGAUCCGUGUCGAAUCAACUUCCUAAGAUUUGUCAUAUACAUUGGACAGGCCUUUACAUUGUCGUGUUAUAAAUUAAAUUUUAUUUGUUGAAUAACACGUAUCUUAUAAUGAUUAUUGGAAUAUUUGAUGAUUAUAGAGUACUUAUUUUUGACUCUCAUAGAGCCAAAAGGUUGGAGUAGAAUAUUCGACGCAGCCAGGAUAGAGUUGAUUCAUGUUAUUAUGUAAUUUCAAAAUUGUUAUCUUAAAAUUUCUUGAAUUGAAAUUUCAUUCGGAAAAUAAAGUGACCACCGAAUUAUUCGAA